CUCCGCCUGCUAUCCGUGUGGGUUGGGGGACUUCGCUAUUUCUUUAGACUUCAUUCCAUCCCACCAUUUUCUUCUCCUUUCCCUCUUUCCCUUUGCUUGUCAAAUUCUCUACUCUUCGUCGUCGUCUUCUUCUUCUUCUUCUUCUGCUUCAUUCUCUGUCCUUUCUCUCACUCUCUUGUAGUAUGUGCUUACUUGAUCUGUUCCCAUCCCCAGCAUCUUUCUUUCUCUUCUCUCCUGUUUCUUCUUGUCAGAAACAAACACACUUCAGAUCCAACUCGCCCUUUCUUUUUUUCUUCCUGUUUGGUGUUGAUGGACUGGGCUUUCAGUGCUGAUCAAAAUUGGUACUGUGGUGAUUUUGAUGAGAUAUGGGGUUGGAUUUAUGACCUCAGAUUGGUAGGAUUAAAUCGUAACUAGGUAUUGAAGGAGGCUUUGAUUUGCUACUGAUCUUUUCAUCUCAAUAUUCAAUAUAGGGGUUCGCUUUGUUCUUGUACAUAUUUGAGAGUCUUAUUGAAAUCUUGACUGCGAAGUGAAUUGUGAGUCAUCAUUAUUGACAAGAUGGGUGGGCUUUGCUCGAGGAGUUCCACUGUAGAUAAUGCUCCCGGUGGAAGCUUUCCACAUGCUAAUGGUCAUCUCAGUCAUGGUUCAGGAAUUGUUUAUCAGUCUCGUGGAUUGCCGCCAGAGCUGACUCGCAAUUUGACUGCUUCUCCAAUAGGGGGAGGUAUGGAUAAUAAGCAAUUACGAGAACCCUUAUCGGCCCCUGAGAUGGAAAGAGUUUCAUAUGGGGUGAAUCCUGAUGAUAUUGAUGAUGGUAUUCCCCGCUUGUCAAGGGCGUUAUCACACAAAUCUAGAUCAACCAAGUCUAAGCAGGUUGCCGUUGCAAAGGUUUCAGAAGUGAGCUCACUUUUGGGCAGGGCUGGUACUGCUGGGCUUGGGAAGGCAGUUGAAGUUUUGGACACACUUGGUAGUAGCAUGACAAGUUUGCAUCUCAGCAGUGGUUUUGUUUCAGGAGUGACAACAAAAGGGAAUAAAAUUACAAUUUUGGCUUUUGAAGUUGCAAACACUAUUGUUAAGGGCUCCAACCUCAUGCAAUCCCUUUCAAAGGAGAACAUUGCACAUUUAAAAGAGGUGGUGCUUCUGUCAGAAGGUGUGCAACAUUUAAUAUCAAAAGAUAUGGAGGAACUCCUCAGAAUUGCUGCAGCUGAUAAAAGGGAAGAACUGAAAAUUUUUUCUGGAGAAGUGGUCCGUUUUGGGAAUCGAUGUAAAGAUCCUCAGUGGCACAACUUGGACCGUUACUUUGAGAAGUUGGGUUCAGAGCUCACACCACAGAAGCAAUUGAAAGAAGAAGCAGAUACAGUGAUGCAGCAAUUGAUGACUUUGGUUCAGUAUACAGCUGAAUUAUAUCAUGAGUUGCAUGCCUUGGACAGAUUUGAACAAGAUUAUCGGCGCAAGCUUCAGGAAGAGGAUAACUCGAAUGCAGCUCAAAGAGGGGAUAGCCUUGCACUCUUAAGGGCAGAGUUAAAGAGUCAAAGGAAGCAUGUAAGAAGCUUGAAGAAGAAAUCACUCUGGUCAAAGAUAUUGGAAGAGGUAAUGGAGAAGCUUGUAGACAUUGUGCAUUUCUUACAUUUGGAGAUACAUGAUGCCUUUGCUACUGCUGAUGGUGAUAAACCAAUCAAAGGUUCUACAAACAACCAUAAAAAGUUGGGCAAUGCUGGUCUUGCAUUACAUUAUGCGAAUAUUAUCACUCAAAUUGAUACUCUUGUGUCCCGAUCAAGUUCUGUGCCUCCAAAUAUGAGGGAUGCCUUAUACCAAGGACUGCCGCCUAGUAUAAAGUCAGCAUUACGCAACAGACUACAAUCCUUUCAGCUUAAGGAAGAGCUUACCAUUCCACAAAUCAAAGCUGAAAUGGAGAAAACUUUGCAUUGGCUUGUGCCUAUUGCCGCCAACACAACCAAAGCUCAUCAUGGCUUUGGUUGGGUUGGCGAAUGGGCCAAUACCGGGUCUGAGGUUAACAGGAAGCCUGCUGGCCAGACAGACUUAAUCCGGAUUGAGACACUCCACCAUGCAGAUAAGGAGAAAACUGAAGCUUAUAUUCUUGAAUUGGUUGUAUGGCUUCAUCAUCUUGUCAGCCAAUCGAGAACUACCAUUAAUGGUGGAAUCAGAUCUCCUGUUAAGUCCCCAAUUCGCUCCCCAAAUCAGAAGUCAAUUCAGCUGUCUACCCACAAGCCCAAUUCUCCGUCUCCCAUGCUGACAAUAGAAGACCAAGAGAUGCUUCGCGAUGUUAGUAAGAGGAAACUCACACCUGGAAUAAGUAAGUCUCAGGAAUUUGACACUGCAAAAACGAGGUUAAGCAAACACCACAGACUGAGUAAAAGUAGUAGUCACUCCCCAACAAGUGAAACCAAGAGGGAGCUCUUCUCCAUUAGGAGGCCAUCCUCGGUUCCUGUCAUAGACUUUGAUAUUGACCGGAUCAAAGCCUUGGACGUCAUUGAUCGAGUAGAUACAAUUCGAAGUUUAUGAUGAAUAUGAUGGAGCGGGAUGCAGAGGCAAGAGGGGCCUUAUGUAUGUGUCAAAAGAAGGGGCCACUUCUGCUGCAGUUUUUUCAUGUGGGUUGCUCUUAGGACAUGGGGAAAUGUUGUGAGAUCGUAGGCCAGUGAGAGUGAUGUAAGUCGAUACCUGUUUUUUGUAUGUGAGAAUUAAGAAAUGAUCAUGGGUGAUAAUGUAUUGUUCAUGGGGAUUUUUGAUUGUUUGAAGAGGUUGAACAGAUAUGGAGAGAUGGCCUUUGCCAGUUCUAUAUGUACAGAAUACUUGAUCAUUUCCUAAUAAUUGAAACUCGGAUGCUUCUGCCCCUUUUCUCGGGUUUUCCCAUCCUUUUUUCCUUCA